AAGGUGUAUAAUCCUGAAUUACUUAUUUCUGAUGCCUAAGAUAAAUUAACACAAUUAGUUCGGGAUGACUUUAAGCCCUUUAUUCUUAGAUGUGAAUAACAUAAACUUUGCAUCUUAGAAAAUGAAAACCUGAUUCUCUUCUCUGUUCUUUUUGAUAAGUGUUCUUCCAUAAUUGAUGAAGCUUAAUUGUAAAUUUAAUUAUUAAUUAGAACGAUCACUCUUGUAAGUUAGAAGGAUGAAUCUAAAAUCAUAGCAAUUAAAUUUGCUGAUAAGAAAGCAAUGUCUUAUUUACAAAAUAAUGUAAAAUUAUUAUCACAAUAUAUAGAUUAACUCAGCAAAAUCAUAUACUAAAUAUAUGGGACCAUUAGCAUAUCAACCUGUGAAAAAAGAAAGAACAUCAUUAUUAAGUACAGAAUCACCAGAACAAAAUUUUAGAGGAAUAUUAAAUCUGGCAAUUUUAAUAUUGAUAGCUAAUCAUAUAAGAUUAAUAUUUGAAAAUUUUUAAAAAUAUGGUUUGCUUAUAACAAAUAUUUUCUGGAAGUUUGAGAUGAUGCAUAUUAAUGGUAAUCCAAUAAUGUAAGCAUUUUUGGCUAUAAUAUUUAAUUUAUUAGUUGGAUUUGGAAUUUAAUAUUUAUAAUUUAAAAGAGAUUAAAAUCCAAAUAUAAUAAGGGUAUUUAAUAUAAUCAAUAUUGCUUCUACGAUCAUUAUUCCUUGUUAUUUAAUUUAAGGAUCACAUCCUGGAUUAAACUUGAUUCUAUUAGGUCUAUAAUUCAUUGCUUUUAUGAAAUUAAUCAGUUAUGCUCAUUUUUUAAGAAAUACUUAUUUUUAUAUAUAAAGAAUCAAAUAAGUAAAAAAUAAGAAAGUUUCCCUUGAUAAUUUCUUUGCUGAAUAUGAAGUCAACAAUGAAAACUUAAAGAUUUUAGAGAAGUAUUCUUAGAAUUAAGCUAAGAUAUUAGAUUUUAAACAUUAUUUAUACUUUUUAGCUGCUCCUACAUUGUGUUUCUAAUUGUCAUAUUUAAGAACUUAAUAAAUACGUAAGGUUUGGUUAAUUAAACGUAUAAUCGAAUACAUAUUUGUCAUUCUUUUUUUAGUGAUUAUUUGGUUCUAAUAUACAGAGCCUCUUGUAGAAAACACUUACAAAAUGCUGACAAAAGCUCCAACUUUAAUGGUUUUAGUUGAUCGAUUGUUAAAGUUAGCUAUACCUAAUACUUAUAUGUGGAUAGCUCUAUUUUAUGGAUAAUUCUAAUGUUUUUUGAAUAUAACAGCAGAAUUGCUUAGAUUUGCUGAUAGAGAGUUUUAUAAAGAUUGGUGGAAUUGUAAGAAUUUAGAAGAAUAUUGGAGAUUAUGGAAUCUACCUGUUCAUCAUUGGUUAGUUAGUAUUUUAUUUAUAUAAAUAAAAAGGACACAUUUAUUUUCCAUGUCUUAAAUCAGGAAUGAGCAGAACUACUUCAAAUAUGAUAGUGUUUUUAGUAUCAGCAUUAGGUCAUGAAUAUAUAGUUAGUGCUUCUAUAGGUGUUGUAGAGGCAUGGGCAUUUGUUGGAAUGUUUGCAUAAGCACCAUUUAUGUUAUUAUAAAAGAGACUAGAAAAGGUAAAUAUAUUUUUAAUAUUUUAAGUUACUUAAAUUAUAAGAUUCUUAAUUAGGAAAUUUAAUGUUCUGGAUGACCUUUUGUUUUAUUGGAUAACCAAUCAUGAUUUUUGUUUAUUACUUUAGAUAUCUAGAAAAGAUUGCCCAUCCAAUUUGA